CGCACCACCCGCCCUCCCGCACCACGGCGCAGCGUCACGCGUGCGCUGCCCCUAACCAACUCCCGCAGGGACCGAUCGGGUCGGGCACCUGAACUUUUUCUCGCAACUACCCCCCCUCGUACAAAAAACCAAAAUAAGGCCCUCUCUCCUCACAUCCCAACCUCUGGUCACCAUGCGACAUAGCAUGCGGGUCGGCCUGGUCAUGGUAACGGUCAUGAUAUUUACCUGCUUGCUGAGUACCUCCACUUGGGUCGUUGUCUAUGCUUCUCAUGCUGACGAUGACGAUUCUCAAGUCAUUGCACAGUUGACGGGAUCAUCAUCUUUGGAAUACCUCCUCUCGCAUCAUAUACCACAUCUUCAUGCUGUGGACGAUGGUACCACUGCGCCUGUUGAAGAUCAUGAGCAAGUCGAUGAUAUGACCUACUACUCGACAACCGCCAGCAACGUCUACUCAGUUGCUCCCGCCUCGCAAUCGAUCCUGCUCACGCCAGUACUAGCAAGCGCAGGCCUGGCAAGUAUCCGGCUGCUCCCCACGAUGCCACCACCGCCGUCGAGCACCUGAUGCAGACGCCGUCGUCUACCUCGGAAACGCACACCACCAGCGUCUUGGCUGCUGGCCUCGCCAAUCCAGCCACCUUUCUCGCCUCGUACUGCCCGCAGAGCCACGCGCAUGGCUGCACCUCGCAGCUCACGCCGCCGCUUCCGCUCGUCUCGUCGUACCUCGUCCCGAUUGUCAACAUCCCCUCGGUCUCCUCGCUCAUCCUCUCCACAGACCUGCUCCGUGACAUCUGGAUCGGCAACGUCGCCCACUGGCACCACCCGGCCAUCGUCGCCCUCAACCCGGGCUGCGCCGGCUCGCUCCCCAACGCCGCCAUCCGCAUCAUCCGUCACCCGGACCCGGUCGUCGCGGCCGUCUUGGACGUCACACCGCUGUCGCUCCCACUCGUCCCCAUGACCUCCGCCGCCGAAAUCGCCUUUUCCACCCCAACGCCUUCACCAUCAUCACCUCGGAGCUUUGGGCCCGCUCCUGGCGCCACGCCUUUACCGUCCCGGCACUCAUCCCGAGCACUCGGCACUCCUCAAUCGCCGCUGCACCUGUCACAGACCCUGUGCCUCUCACUUACGACACCGUCCGCGACGCCGGGGCCUGGCCGCUCCUCUACCGCGAGUACGCCAUCCUCCCGCACUCACGCCGCGCCGUCGUCGACGACUAUUGCACCGCCCUCGCCGCCACCGUCGCCCGCUUCGCCUUUCUCCUAUCGCUCCAAGACGACGCUCUCGCCAUCACAGGCCACGCCCCGCUCCAGGUCGCAGACCUCGACGCAACCCUUCUCGCCCUCAAGCGUGUCGUCUGCAACGCCUCGCCCUCACUCCCUCUCAUCGCCAUGGCAUCGGGCUCUGGGCCCACCCUCGCCGCAGACCUCUACCGUGACCUCAGCGCUCGCUUCGCCGUCCUCACAGACAAUCCUAUCCGCUACUCGUCGUCGUCCUCGGUCUACCUCGACGUUUUGAGGGUUCAGACUCGCAGCUCUCCGACCUUAACGGCGCCUCAGUCGUCGUCCCCACCUUUGCCUACCCCAUCGCUGUCGUCUACAAGCUGCCAACCCUUCCGCCCACGGCCGCACGCCUCAUCGUCUCCAUCGACCUUGUCGCCGCCAUCCUCUCCGGCUCUGUCACAGAGUGGACAUCCCCCGAGCUCCUUGCCCUCAACCCCGAGCUCGCCCCCUGGCUCCCGCACAACGCCACACUAUGCCUCCACGCCCUCGCUGGGCCCUCGCCCCUCGUCGCCGCCAUCGACGCCGCCCUCGCCUCGGCCAUCGGAUCUACCCCAUCCGCCGCAAGCGUCCGUCGCUGCGACAUCUGGCACACCUCACACCUUGAGCUCAUCGCUGGCCUCACCGCCGCCACAGACACCGGCGGUAUCGCCUUUGUUCCGCUCCCGCUCGUCAUCAAUUCGGGUCUGCCGCUCGCAGCUGUGGUCAACGCCCACAACAACGCUGUCCUCCCCUCGGCAGCAGCAACAGCAGCAGGCAUCCGCAACAUCUCACACAUCACCUCGUCGCCGCCCCCGCAAGUUGUCGUUGACCCUGAUGCCGAACUUGCCUACCCGCUCGCUGCGCUCACCUUUCUCUCCACCCCACGAUCCUCACAGUCUUCCUGCCGCCAGCGCGCGCUCUUUGCCCACUUUGUCGAAUGGAUCCUCACCUCGCACAUCCCCGCCAUGGCCGCAAACGAAGCCGGGCUCGCCGGGCUCCCGCAAGACAACGCCGCCAGCAUCCUCGCCAUCCUCGCCCAGGCCACAUGCGACGGCAAGUCCAUUCUGUCCGACUCGAUCUUUAACCCGCCGCUGCCCGUGUCACCGCUUCCGCCGUCGUCAUCGCUGCUUCUCACUGUUUCCGUGGUCAUCAUCGCAUGCAUCAUCAUCAUCGUUAUCGCUGCAGUCAUCACCACUGCCGUCUGUCUCCGUCGGCGCCGUGAUGCACAGGCCCUGAUGUUGCCUCGUCUUCGCUCCCCUGCCUGCCCCCGCGCAGACGACUACCUCCUCCGCUCCGCAGACAUUAGCCGGCUCAAUCUCAUCGCCACCUCGGCCCAGGCCACCGUGUACCUCGCCAAGUGGCGCGGCAUCCACGUCGCCGUCAAGGAGAACCGCUCUGGCUCCCGCGCCGUGUUAGCCCGCCUCCGCACCCACGCCGCUGCCGUUGUCCCGCUACAUCACCCCAACAUUCUCAGCGUCCUCGGCGUCCUCCCAAAGCCGCCCAGCCUCGUCCUCGAACAUGCUCCGCACGGCUCGCUUCAUGCUGUCCUUCACGACUACUCGCUCGAUCUCGGUGCAGAGCUCCGCCUCUGGUGGGCCGCUUCCAUCGCCGCUGGCCUCGACUACCUCCACACGUCUGGUGGCCUCACUCACGGCUCGCUCUCUUCGUUCAACAUCCUCCUCGCCGCCGGCUGGGUCCCCAAAAUUGCCGGCCUCUCCGUCGCCCAUCAGCCACACUGCGCCUCGCCUCCCUCUUCAUCUGUCACCUCGCCGACCUCAUCGCUCUCCUCGUACUCGGUUCCCAAGCCCCGCUCGUGGUGCUCGCGUGUGUGCUGCGGCUCGCGCCGCGUCGGCCCCAGCCUGCAGGCAUUGAGCUCGGUAUGUACUCGAACCAGGCUGUCACUUCGCUUGGCCUGCUCUCGGUCGCUUCUUCAAUCUCGACGACAUCCAAGGCCUCAUCGAAUUGGACAAACGUCUUUUGGUCGGCUCCCGAAGUCCUUGCAGGUGGCGCUGACGCCGUCGCGCCCUCCAGCGACAUCUAUUCGUUCGCCAUCGUCCUCUGGGAGCUUCUCACUCGCGACGAGCCCUACCACCCGACUUCAGGCAUCGCCGCUCUUGCCCUUGAAGUCGUUCACGGCACCUCACGUCCCGCGCUCGUCAACAUCCCGCCGUGGGCUGCAGACCUCGUCCCACUCGUUGCCUCGGCGUGGGACCAUCUCCCGCGCGAGCGGCCCUCGGCGGCUGCCCUCGCCAGUACUCUCUGCUCGAGGUUCACUCUAGCCAAGGUCCAGCUUCCGGUCCGCAAGGCCCGCCCCUCAGGCCAUGUUUUCGCCGCCACCAUCUCGUGUCCGAGCGGCAAGGCCUUGCUGGCGCACGACCCUCUUGAGGCCCGCCGCGCCCUACACGCAUUCCAUGACAUGCUCGCCUCUGCUGUUGCUGCCUCGCGCGCCUCGCUCGUCGACUGGGCCCUUGGCGACGCCCUGGUCGUCUUUGAUCUUCCGCGCCAGCUCCUCGACUUUGCCGACGCCUGCUAUGAUGCCCUCGCCGCCGGUCAUGAGGCCGCGCACCCGCCAUUCUUUGUCGUCGCCGCUGAGGGUGACAUCACUUCGGAGCUCAUGCCCGGCACCGCAGCCGCCGACCACCAGUGGGUCUUCCGCGGGCCCGUCGUCUGUGCCAUGGCUAGCGUCACUGAAGCCGCCGCCGCUGCAGGCCGAAACUACGGCUUCUUUGUCGACCCAGGCCUCAAGCCAAGCAUCAAGGCCGCCCUCAGCUCGGCCUGCCUCUCCGUCCCCCGCCCCACCCUUCGCCUCAUUAAGCUCGUCCCAGGCGCCCUCCUCGAGCUGAUCUCAGACCGCUGCGACCUCUCAUGUCCUGCCCUAGGCACAGUCAUGUCAACUUCGCGGGCCGGCGGGCCGUCUGGCUCGUUCUCAAUGUCGGCCUCCCCCAUGGCGUCGCGGACUCACCUCCAUGCCCACACCCGUGGCACCUCGCACUCGCCUUCGGGCACGCCUGUAAGCGCCCUGCUCCCGCCAGCUCCCCGCUGCCCUCCACGUGUCGCCUCGUGGUCCAAUGGCCGGCGUGGUCUCAUGGCUCACCCGCAGCUUGUUGAGCGGCCGCAAGGCGCUCCGCAGCUCGCCCGUAGAGCCUCCGAGAGCUCAGUUUCUGUUGUCACCGAACUCUGCCCGUCGUCGGCCGGCGCACCCGAUGCGCCCGGCGCCGAUUCGAAUGAGCCCAAGCCCGGUAUGCCCGAUACCACACAGCUCAAGCCGUCGCCACCAUCGUCGCUGUCGUCACCCGACAAGGGCAAAGUCGAUGACGAGGACGAGGACAAGGUCAAGCGCAAGGCGUCGCAAGUGCUGCCUGCCACUGACGGCAGCGGCGCCAACCGUCGGCUGCCGAUGAUACAGCUCGAUAUAGACCACCCGUCGCUGUCGAAAACAGCACCCAACCUCGAGCUCGCCGGUAUGCCGUCCGAGGUGACGCUGCCCCGGCUUCCGACACGGCUCUCACUCCACGAAUCGCUGGUGGAAAACCGGCGUUUGGGGAAGAGAACGUCAUCGUCGAAGCAACUGUCGCGCUCGCGCUCGCGCCAGCUGUCGCGCUCGCGCUCGGCCUCGCAGUUGCGCAUGGCGCUGACGCUGGCGUCACGGCUCAAGUGCGAGCUCGUGCUCUCGGUCCCAGUCAUGCGGUCUAUGAUUAUGCGCGGGAGCGAGGCCGGUGCCAGCACCGUGUGUCGCAUGCUGGUGAGUAACUACAAGGGCAUGCCGGUGGUGAUCAAGUCUUUGCUCAGUCAAGGCAGCGUGACUGUUAAGCCGCUUGUGACGCUCGUGACCGAACUGGCGUCGUGGGCGCUGCUCCCUUGCGAGGUCCGCGAGAUCUUUGUCGUUCCGGUCGGUGUGUGUGCGACCAAGCCGUUUGUUGGUGUUGUCCUCCCGUUCUACCGUCUCGGCUCACUUGGUUCGGCCAUCCGCGACGGACGCCGCUCGGCUGUCUUUGUUAACACUGCGGUCCGCAGCGUAGCACAUGGACUGGCAGUCCUCCACAACCACGACAUAGUGCACGGCGCGUUACGACCGAACAACGUCAUGCUCAAGGCUCCCGAUGCGAGUCAAACCGUCUUUGUCGAUGGCUGUGGGCUCAAUCGUCUGCUCGCCGCCACCGGGCAAGCCCGCGAGGACCCGGGCCUCGCUGGCCUCGCCCCCGAGCUCGCCGACGGAACGGCCACCGAGCCGACGCCCGCCAGUGACAUCUUUGCCUUUGGCUGUCUCGUCUACGAGCUGCUGACCGGCAAGCCGGCAUUUGGCGCGUCGACUGAGGCCCUGCUCGCCGCACGCGUCAUGCCCGACGACAUGGACUCCCUGUCUCCGGACAUGGCCUCGCUCCUAUACGACUGCUGGGCCCGCCAGCCCGCCAGCAGGCUCUCCACCAAGCGGCUCGUCGAUCGGAUUGUCUCGCUGCCGAUUCGUCACUUUACCUUGAUUCCGCAAGACGGAUCUGGCUCGUCAGACUCGGAAUGAAAGCGACCCAUAGUA